GCAGCUUCCUACUACUGCACCAGGCUAGGGUUCGAGCCCUUCAUGUACAAAGGCCUAGAGACAGGGAGCAGACAGGUUGCAGCUCAUGUCGUCAAGCAAAAUAAGAUUAUUUAUGUCUUCCAGUCCAUGCUGGAGCCAGACAAGCCAGUGGAAAUGGCUAAACACUUGACAAAACAUGGGGAUGGUGUCAAGGAUGUGGCCUUUGAAGUUGAAGAUUUGGAUGCCAUUGUCAAGAAAGCCAGAUCUCGUGGGGCCACUGUUGUCAAGGACAUCUGGAAAGAGACUGAUGAGCAUGGCACAGUACGAAUGGCAAUCGUUCAGACAUACGGAGACACCACUCACACACUAAUUGACCGAUCCAACUACAAAGGUCCAUUUUUACCCGGCUACAAGAAAGAUAGCCACACUGACGUCUUGCUUAAGACAUUGCCAGCAACAGGACUUUUGCACAUUGACCAUAUUGUGGGGAAUCAGCCUGACUUAGCAAUGAAUGAUGUCGUCGACUGGUAUGAAAGGAACCUGAUGUUCCACCGGUUCUGGUCUGUUGAUGACAAGCAGCUGAACACAGAGUUCUCCGCUCUUCGCUCCAUUGUCAUAACCAACUAUGAGGAAACAAUUAAAAUGCCAAUUAACGAACCUGCCCCUGGAAAAAGAAAAAGUCAAAUACAGGAGUAUGUUGACUACUAUGGUGGUGCCGGUGUGCAGCACAUUGCAAUGAGAUCUGAGAACAUCAUAGAGUCGAUUACAAGUCUGAGAGCUAGGGGACAGCAGUUUUUAGACAUCCCACCAACAUAUUAUCGCACACUGAGAGAAAACCUGAAAAACUCUAAGGUGAAGGUAACAGAAAACCUGGACGAGUUGGAACGACUGCACAUUCUCAUUGACUACGAUGAAGAAGGAUAUUUACUGCAGAUUUUUACCAAAAACAUGCAAGACAGGCCAACUUUGUUCCUGGAGGUCAUCCAAAGACAUAAUCACCAGGGUUUUGGAGCAGGAAACUUCAAGUCCCUAUUUGAAGCCAUUGAAGCUGAUCAGGCAGAAAGAGGCAAUUUGUAA